GAUGUUGAAAGUAUCAUAGCGGUGCAUACGGUGUUUUGAAGUGAAGAAUUUGUAUUUCCUCCCGAAAGUAAUCUGAAUUUUCCGCAUAUUUCGUCCUUUGACAUGUAAUUAUUACUUUACACCUCAGCAACAGCUUUUCACCAGGAAUGCCACUGUAAAUUUUUACCAGUUUAGUCCUGUGUAGUUGGUCCUGAUGGGGGAAGCUGUGCGAGAAGACGAGCUUCGGCCGGUACCUAAAGAGAGAGCAAUCCUGGAGAGCUUCUUCACUCAACUUGGCAUGUUCUGGUUUGACCGGGCUAAGGACUAUGUGGAGAAGGAAAAGGAACAGAGUAGCAGGAGCUCUGCGCCAAUUUGGAGCUCUCUGCUUGCUGCCCUGGCACAUUUAUCUGCUGCAGAAAAAGCCUACCACAACAUGACCUUUCUCGGCCAAAAACUAGGUGGUCAGUCCUUCUUCAGCAGAAAAGACUCGAUUAGGACCAUUUACACAUCUCUGCACAAUGAACUGAAGAAGGUGGUGUCUAUGGGGCGUCUGUCUCCGGCUGACUCCACACCGUACUUGGAGGAGUUGCUCUCACAUUUAGCCCAGCAGCUGUGCCACUUCACCCAGGCCAGGAUGGAGCUGGCUGACCACUAUGAGAAGAUGCAUUCCCUCGGCAGUCAGAAAACAGUCAACUCGGAGGAGCUGGUGAGCACACUGGAGAGCAUCCUGCAAAAGUACAGUUCCAGAUUCCACCACCCGAUCCUGAGUCGUCUGGAGAGUGGCUUUCAGGUGGAGGUGGACGUCCUGGCACAGCUGCUACGCUGCCAGGCUCAGAUCUCCGAGUGGCAUUUCCUGCCCUCGCUUCUUAACCUGCACGGAGCCCACGCCAAGCUCCAAACCUGGGCUCAAGUCUUCGAUCGACAGCGCGAGACCCGCAAAAACUUGUUCGGUGGUCAAUCCCAGAAGGCGGUGCAGCCGCCACACCUGUACACCUGGCUGCAGAAGCUGCAGGGGGCGCUGCUGGCGAAGUUUACUUUCUAUUUCCAUGAAGCGCUGAGCCGACAGGCGCUGCCGUCCGAGAUGAAGUCUCUGACCGCUCGGACCUCGACAGACUACUUCGGAAAGAUCUGCACAUUUGUGCGCAAACACGACGCCAUCAACGUAUCACUUGUGUUCGACAAUCGCGGCUUGGAUAGCUUCCAGGGUCACGGCUAUCACCAUCCGCAGUCAUACCGUGAAGCGCCUAAAGGAGUGGACCAGUUUCCAGCUGUGGUGUCCGUGCCUGGUGGGGAACGGCCGUUAAACCACUGGCCCAACGUCAUCAUGAUCAUGAGCGAUCGCUGCAAUGAGCUUAACACCCUCGACAAAGUGUCGCACUUCUACGACGAAAAGGUCCAGAGCACGUACUUUCUGACCAGGCCUGAGCCGCACUUCACCCUGGUGGUGAUCUUUGAUGGAAAGAAAGCGGAGAAGGACUCGCAUGUUGUGGCCUUUCUGCAGGAGAUUUCCAGCUCUCUGAAGAACUCCAAACCCUUCAGCACGCUCAAACCAGGAUCCAAAGGCUAAAUCUGACCUCAUCUGACUCAAAGUGGACACAAACCUAUAUUAUAUAUACUGUAUAUAUAUAUACACUGAUGAGCCAUAACAAUAAAACCGCCUCCUUGUUUCUACACUCACUGUCCAUUUUAUGAGCUCCACUUACCAUAUAGAAGCACUUUGUAGUUUUACAAUUACUGACUGUAGUCCAUCUGUUUCUCUACAUACAUUUUUAGCCUGCUUUUACCCUGUUUUUUUAAUGGUCAGGACCACCACAGAGCAGGUAUUAUUUAGGUGGUGGAUGAUUCUCAGCACUGCAGUAACAAUGACAUGGUGGUGGUGUGUUAGUGUGUGUUGUGCUGGUAUGAGUGGUGCUGGAGUUUUUAAAUACCGUGUCCACUCACUGUCCACUCUAUUAGACACUCUUACCUAGUUGUUCCACCUUGUAGAUGUAAAGUCAGAGACGAUCGCUCAUCUAUUGCUGCUGUUUGAGUUGGUCAUCUUCUAGACCUUUAUCAGUGGUCACAGGACACUGCCCAUGAGGCGAUGUUGGCUGGAUAUUUUUGGUUUGUGGACUAUUCUCAGUCCAGUAGUGACAGUGAGGUGUUUAAAAACUCCAUCAGCAUUUCUGUGUCUUAUCCACUCAUACGAGCACAACACACACUAACACACCACCACCAUGUCAGUGUCACUGCAGUGCUGAGAAUCAUCCACCACCCAAAUAAUACCUGCUCUGUAGUGGUCAUGGGAGAGUCCUGACCAGUGAAGAAGAGCAUGAAAGGGGGUUAACAAAGCAUGUAGAGAAACAGACUACAGUCAGUAAUUGUAGAACUACAAA